AAAAGGACCGUGAAAAUUCUAGAAACACAACCACAUCUGAAUAUGACGAAUGAAGUUUCCGGUACCUUGCUUGGUCGGAGCGUCGGUGUCUGAAUCUCUGCUCGCAUUUUCAGCUUCUUGAGGGUCAAUCUAGCUCGUUUAAUGCUAACAGAGACGAAUAGUUUAAAGAAGAAGAAGUGAAAGAAGAGGGUUGCAUAGCGUUGGCGUUUAUCGUGGUGGGGCUUGGCGUUUUGGUUUGUGCCCCAUUUUAGUUGGAGGGAAUAUGAGUUUGAAUCUGUGAGUUACGUUUUGGGUUUGAGAGUUAGCAGCUGUGGUAGACUGGUAGGAUUUGUGUUACAAGCUUGGGUGUUGGAUUUCAGGGACCAAUUAAUACAAUGUCUGUUGCCAGUGUUGCUAUUGGUUCUGGAUACGAAGAAUGUUUGAACUUCCCUUGCAGUUUUUCCGGUGGAUUUGGGCUGUCAUCUGGUGACUCUAUUUUGAUAUACCUCAGUGUCGGUGGGUCUGUGAUUCCGAUGUGUGUGACUGAGUCGGAUUCCAUUGCUUCGGUGAAACUGAGAAUCCAAGCCUCUAAAGGUUUUUUCGUGAAGAAACAGAAGCUGGUUUUUGAAGGCAGGGAACUGGCGAGGAAUAAUUCUUCUGUCAGGGACUAUGGGGUAAGUGAUGGGAACCUAUUGCACUUGGUACUUAGGCUAUCGGAUCUCCAGGCUAUUACUGUUAGGACUGUGUGUGGCAAGGAGUUUGAGUUACAUGUUGAGAGGAGUAAGAAUGUUGGUUAUGUGAAACAGCAGAUUACUAAGAAAGGGAAAGGGUCUGUUGAUCUCAAAGAUCAGCAACUUAUAUGUGACGGCGAAGAGCUUGAAGAUCAGAGACUCAUUAAUGAUAUAUGUAGAAGUAAUGACGCUGUUAUUCAUUUGCUUGUCAGGAAAACUGCCAAGGUUAGAGCUAAACCAAUCGAGAAAGAUUUUGUAGUGUCAAUUGAGGCUUUGAAUUUGAACGAGAAGAAGCCUACUUUAGCCAGAGAAGUUGUGGGAUGUCAAGUUUUAGAGGAAGCAAAUUGGAAGGAACUUGUUUUGGAACCUCUAAUUGUAAAUCCUAAGAUUGAGUUUUCGUUAGGGAUGAAAAAGCUGAUCUACUCUACUUUGGAUGGGAUAGAAAGAGGUUGUGAGCCAGUACCCUCUUCAGAGGGAUCUGGUGGGGCUUAUUUUAUGCAAGACUCUUCUGGUAUGAAGUAUGUUUCUGUUUUCAAGCCAAUAGAUGAGGAACCGAUGGCAGUGAACAACCCUCGAGGAUUGCCCUUAUCAUUGGAUGGUGAAGGUUUGAAGAAAGGUACAAGGGUUGGAGAGGGGGCAUUAAGGGAAGUUGCAGCAUACAUUCUAGAUCAUCCAAAGAAUGGGCGUCGUAAGUCUUAUAACGAGGAGAAAGGCUUUGCCGGGGUGCCACCUACAGUUAUGGUUAAGUGCUUGCACAAAGGAUUUUAUCAUCCGGAAGGUUAUGAGUCUGCUGCCAAGAACAUGAAGAUCGGAUCACUUCAGAUGUUCAUGAAAAAUCAAGGAAGUUGUGAAGAGAUUGGUCCUCGUGCUUUUCCGGUGCAUGAGGUACAUAAAAUUUCUGUGUUGGACAUGAGGUUGGCAAAUGCAGACAGACACGCUGGAAACAUACUGAUUAGCCGUGAGAGUGAAGACAGUGAGAUAGAGCUUAUUCCCAUUGAUCAUGGGUAUUGUUUGCCCGAGAAUUUUGAAGAUUGCACAUUUGAUUGGAUUUACUGGCCUCAAGCGUAGCAACCUUAUUCCUCUGACAUUAUUGACUACAUCAGAUCACUAGAUGCUGAACAAGAUAUUGAACUUUUGAAGUAUCAUGGAUGGAAUCUACCACCUGAUUGCGCCCGCAAUCUUCGCAUUUCCACUAUGCUUCUAAAGAAAGGUGCAGAGAGAGGACUCACUCCCUUUGGCAUUGGAAGCAUCAUGUGUAGGGAGACUUUGAAGAAAGAAUCUGUUCUUGAACAGAUCAUUCAGGAAGCAAAAGAAGCUGAACUCCCGGGAGCAAGUGACGCUUCAUUUCUCGAAUCUGUGUCAUCAAUAAUGGAUCGAUACCUUGACGAGCAUUAUUGAAAAUACUGCAUACUGGAUGCAAGGCACAAUGCCUUCGUCCAUACACUCUUUGUCGAUCACUAAUGGCUUGCAGAGGUUUCUUAUU